AUGCGUGCCCAGCCGCACUCCGCUUCAGCAGUCCACCAUCAUGGCACACAAGACACCAUCGUCUAUGCCGUCAGCGGCUAUGGCUCUCUCGUAUCAUCCUCGGGCCAGGGGAAAGACGGUCCAUUCGGGGAUGUCAGGCAAGAUCUCAAGCCCGGCGAUUGGGCAUUGAUCCCCGCGUACAGGGAACAUCAGGAGGUGAACGACGGAGAUGAAGAAGUCGUCUGGGUUAUAGUGCGGGCGCCAGGAGGAGUCCCUGUCGUGGAGAACUUGAAGCGCUGGGGCGAGAGCUUGGAGAAGUAG